UAUAUUCAAAUCUCAAGGAAUUAUGCUAGAGGUAUUGUCAUUCGUAAAUGAAAACGAAAGAAUCCACUUGCAAUUGCUCAAUAAAUUUAUGUACAAUGUUGUAAUCCCUCUGAGUCAGUACUCUAUGAAAACCCCUUCAUCAAGUGUAUUUCAUUUUAUUUGCAAAAACUAUUUGUUCAAGAAAGACCUUGAAACAAUGAAAACUAGUUAUAAACAGAUCGUUAGAAGAGAUAAUGAGGUUUAUAAAGAGUUUGUUGAGAUUUUGAAUAAAAGAAUAAUGCAGUUUACCUAUAAAAACUACAUCUAUUGCUUUGGAACUUCAGAAAAAUAUUCUUUGGUUGACCAAGAUCUGACUAAUGAUGUUCUAAGAAUUGACCUUUUCUCAUUAAAAAUUACAAGGAUGGAAUCGAUGCCUGAGCCAAUACACCGAAGCACUUUGGUUUACAGAGGUGAGACUAAAUCUCUUUAUUUCAUUGGAGGAGUAAAUAAAGAAAAUAAGAGCACAAAAUCAGUGUAUGAGUAUAUUUUUCAGGAAGACAAAUGGAUCACUUAUGCUGAAAUGGUCCAUUCGAGAGAUAGCUGUAUUGGAUUCUAUUACAAAGAUCAUCUUUAUGCUCUUUCAGGGCUAGAGACGCAACCUUGUGAGAAAUAUUAUGUUUCAGAAUACUUAGGAACUUUUGAAAGACUAGAUUUUAGGACAAACGAAUGGAAUGAUUUUACCCUUUCAGGGUACUUAAAAGAAACUUGCAGUAGAAGCAUGGCAACUACUCACGUAAAUAUAUCAAGAAAUUUACUUAUGAUAUUUGGAGGAAAGUUUGAUAAAUUGCAUACUUCUCAAGUAAUAUCACAUUUACAUUUGGUUGAUUUAGAUUUCUUGGUUGAAACAAUAAAUUUAUCUAUUGAAUCUAUUCCUCCUGGUCAGUCUCACAAUGUAAAUGAAGAAUAUGAUAUUAGCAAUCAAGUCAAUCCAAAGCGAUGCUUAGCAGAUUUGACCAGAAGAGAGGCAUUAAAGAUAUAUCCUAUUCCUAUCAAAAAUCCCGAUGUGUAUCAGUAUCCAUAUAUCAUCAGAGAAAAAGAUACUUACUGGAUACUUGGAGAAUACUCUCUGAAGAAAAUUGCAUUAAAAGAAGAUGAGUACAGUAAAUUUACUGUUAGGAACCAAAUUGCUGCCGAGCAUUUAAGUCAUUCCUGGAUUCCUGUUAGUGAAUACAAAUUUGAUCUGGAUUGAUAUCCAGUAGAAUCUUUGGGAGUGAUAAAGCUUUUCUCCAAUGUAAAACUACCUGCUCUAGACAACUUUGAAGGAGAAAUUUAGUAUAAUUUUUACUCAGAAUUCAAC